AUGGAAAUCGACGGGUUAGCCAAAGACCUUUACAAUUAUUCUUUUAUCAGGGAAAAAUUAAAUGUACUCGUUGAAGAACGAAAGACGCUUACCGAAACGGCUCUCGAUUGGAAGAAGGGCAAGAAUUUUAUGGAAGAAUGUCGUAGGGUUUUGACGGAGCUGGAAGAAGAAAGGAAAGGGCACGCAGAACAGCUGCGCCAAAUUAACCAGGAUAUCAACCUACUAGAAGAUAUUAUGAAAAGUAUGCAAACAACAGCCAACACCAAUAAAGCAGAUCUCUGCGUAAAAGCUGAAUAUUUACAGCGAACUAUGCAAAUGAUCAACCAACUGAUUGGGAACACAGGAGACGCCGAUUUGCUCCCACUAACUAUGGAAGAAGAUAAAAAUACUGAACUCAAACAAUUUCUAAAACCCCUGAAUCUACCUCUCAUGCCUCCACAAAUUAUCCCCGGUGGCCUGUUUCCACCAUUUCCCAUUCGGUUCCCGAUCAAUUUUCCGCCGCCAGCCUUGAUGACGAACCAUGAGAUUACACAAGAGAAUGAUCAUACUUGGACAUUAAUUCCUACCCAUCACCUAAACCAUAAAGUUACAAGGAUCACAUCUUUUGGCCAAUUCUCAAUACCUGACUAUGGGCAUCUCGGUCGACAUUUACCGAACGAUACUUUGUCCAUAUUAGCUUUGACAUGGAAUUUAAAUGAGAAGCAAGCGCCGAUCCUUGAUACUAUGACCAAAUUUUUCGCCUUUCGUCGUAAUGAUGGCCUAGAAGACAUUAUUGCAGUUGGACUGCAAGAAAUACGUCCCCAGAUACGAACGUUCCACGAGCUCGCAUUGGAACGAUUCUCUUCUGUUUUAAUUCCAACUCAUCAUGUAUAUUUCUCGGUUCGAUUUUGGAGUCAAAUGAUGAUGAUUGCUAUUAAAAAGGAACAUAUUCCUUACGCGCUUGAUUUCCCUGAUGCUCAAUUUAUUCCCUCUAAUGCUGUUGCGAAACCGGUGCGCACAAAAGGGUCUAUUGGUGUGGCCUUUAAAAUUUAUCAAAGAACUAUUGUGUUAGUGUCCAGCCAUUUCUCUCACGGUUCAAUUUCCCAGCGUUGGGCCGAUUACAACAAAGCUGUCCGGAAAUUCAAUUUUCGAACAAUUUCCCUGCAGAACAAAGGCAACGGAUCGCUAUUAAAUGCUGAUGCCGUCGUCUGGAUGGGCGAUUUGAAUUUUCGAGUACCUGGUGGAACAUCCAUGAUCCCACACCCAAACCGAACGGUCGCUUUUGGGGUCGACAUCCGCAACUAUCUCUCCAAAGACGAGUUGCUCGUCUACAAAUCGCGAGCCAUCGUCUUCGGCGGAUUCAGGGAGGCUGAAAUCACAUUUCCACCUACUUACAAACUGGAUCGUAUUCUUUGCUUUUCCUCCGAUCCACUUGUCAUCGAGCCGUUCGAAUACGAUUCUGCCGAUUGCCUAGUGGAUUCUGAUCAUCGCUACGUGUACGGCACGUUUCGGUUGUUAGUCCUGAAGAAACAAUAUAGGCGCGGCGAAUCGGAGCAAUUGCAACGGGCUCGCAGCACUCCACAUAUAACGCACGAAUUGGCGGAAAAGAAUCUCGGGAACGGGAUAGAGUCGACCCAAUAUUCGCUACAGUUACUGUUGAAUCCAGCAACAUCGAGGAGUGCGGGUGUGGUAAUGCAGCCUAUCGAUGAGCCCGAACAAAGCAAGCCGGGGUCUGCACAAUCUGGACCAGGCCAUGCAAAUGAGGGACACCAGCUUCCACCGAUCAUCGUUCAACCCACCGACCCCUAUGCCACCGACAGCAUCGAAAAACGUCGUAAAAGUCUCGAAAAUCGUCGUCACUCAAUCCCACACGUCACCACAAUUUCCGGGGCAACCCGCCCAAAGGGAAAUGAUCAAAAACAGCAG